AAAACCGAACCGCAUUGUGAGCAUACAGUAGCAUUUUGCAAUAUCUCACGGUUUAUUGACCAGUACCAUGAGCGCUUAAAUAUUUUUUUACUUAUUAGUAACAAGCCUUUCCAUUAAAUUUAGAUUGCGGUUAUUAAACAAUCAAUUAAUUGACUGCAUUUCUAAAAACAAUGUCAGCCAGUGUGUCGGUGUUGUGUUUUUUGACUAAUUUGCCAGGACCGCCCUUGCUUCACUGGUCGAAUUUUUCUUUGCAACUUUGGCCUAUAAAUAGAAGAUUAUGUCCACAAUUUGAUCCAUAUAGAGACACAGUAUUUCAUUUAUAUACCAGAGAAAAUCCUCAAAGUUCAAAAAUUAUAAUUCCACAAGACGAUAAUUCCUUGGAAAGCUCAGGAAUCGACUUUUCGUACAACACGAUUAUAUUUUUCCACGGAUUUUUGGAAUCUUAUGAAUCAGAUGAUGCACAGUCUAUAAAAAACGCAUAUUUAGAGCAAGGAACGUAUAAUGUUAUUUUGGUGCAAAACGAGCGACUAUUAGCCGGUCCUGACUAUAUCACAGCAGCUAAAAAUUGCAGACCUAUUGGUCGAUAUUCUGCGGCUUUUAUUGACUACCUGGUAACAAAAGGUUUGAAACUUGAAAAUCUUCAUGUUAUUGGUCUCAGCUUAGGAGGGCAAAUUGCCGGACUAACCGGACAAUAUGUAAAAAGUGGAAAACUUCCCCGUAUUACAGCGCUGGAUCCAGCAGGACCUCUAUUCAACAACAACCCAAUCGAUGAACGAUUGGAUCCAAGCGAUGCAGAAUUUGUGGACGUAAUUUACGUAAAUUCUGGAGUUUUUGGUAUGAAAUACGCAGUCGGUCAUUUGAAUUUCUGGCCAAAUGGUGGAACCAAACAACCAGGUUGUAAACUUCACGAAGUGAUUGCUCGAUACGGUUUUGCAUUCAACUGGAUAGUAUUCUGUAAUCAUUUCCGUUCCUAUCAACUGUAUGUGGAGUCUAUACGGUUUCCACAAAGCUACCCGAGCAAAAAAUGUGAAAGUUAUGUCUCGUUUGAACGGGGAUCUUGUAAUAAUAACGCAGUUGCAUACUUAGGAGUUCUGGCUGAUUCCAAGAGCACUGGCAAUUACUAUCUGGAUACAGGAUACUCAGGAAUUUACAAUGGAUAAUGGAAAGUGAAGAAGUAGUUUUACGAAGAAACUGUAAAUAACUUUCAAUGUAGUUCACAUAUUGGCCUAGUAAUUUACCUAUUUAAGAUACCUUCGUAGAAAACAGUAUUAUUUUAACAACUUGUGCUGCGAAGUGUUUAAAUUGAGGCUCAUGCGGAUUAAUUGGUAAUUGGCAAUUGCAAAUUUUUUAUUUAGUAUCAUUUGGACAACGACUAGGAAGUCUGCAACAUUACAGAAGUUAUAAUUUAUUUGUCGCUGGCCUACUUUUAAGAAACACUAAAUAUUUUUAGUUUGUCAUAUACAGAGUGUUGCAUUAUAUAGUGCUCGUCUCUAGUAGGAAAAAAUAAAUAUAAUGUAUCUAGUUCCUAGUAGUCAUGGAGUAAUAAGCGUUCAAAGUUGUGCAGUUUUCUUGAUUCAUUCGUUUCAUGGUUUUAUACGUUUCUGCAAUUUGUGCGAGAUUUGAAGCUGUUCAGAAUCCCUCAAAAUGGAACCUCAAAAAUUUAUAGAAAACCUUCACUUUUUAUAAAAGUUGCAGCAUUGGCCGGGAAAAUAGUACAAAAUUUCCGCAUCUUUACAUCAUCAAUAAAUUCAGCUUUAACGCACCGGAUAACCUACAAUAUUUUCCAUAUGUAUCGUAAAAUUCAGACAUAAAAAUCAAAUUCAAAAAUUAUAGAAAAAUGUGUUUAAAAUUAGACAAAAUGUGCCUCAGCUUGUAAGGACUUAUGGAACGACACGCAACACCCUGUAUACAAUCGAAAACUUGAUUAAACUAAGCAACAGAUUAAAAUAGCCUAAAUCGUUCUUGGAAUAUUCACUAUUAUUAAGGAAUUUAGGAACGAUUUAAAGUGUGAACUAGUAUAAUAAUAAUCAAUACUUAAUUAAAA